AUGGCAAGAGACCAAUCCGCAGAAUGGGUCAAUCAACAGAAGCCAACCAAUUCCAGAAAGCGAUUCAUGUGUCACUACCCAGGCUGCGGGAAGCUCUAUUCGCGGGCAGAGCAUCUCGAGAGGCACGCUCUCAACCAUGCUCCUAAAGAGAUCUUUCAUUGCACUUUCCCGAAUUGCAAACGUCGAUUCGUUCGGCAAGAUCUCUGUGCUCGUCAUCUCAAACGCCAUAUGGGACGCGGUGGCUCAGGUCUGCUGAAAAGAUCAAGUAGCGCACCGGACGCACUUGCUAAGGAAGCUGAGAGAAAUUCGAGUAUUGCACAGGGGGGUCUGCAGUCUCCUAGUAAGACAAUGUGUAGGACGGUAAUCACUCAGCAAUCGCCAUCUUCAGCAACAUCCGGGACCCCCAGACUCGAUGUGGAUCAAUCUGCUUCCGGUAGAGAUGCUCAGCAACACCAGCACACCGAUUCUGUGACCCAGGAAGUUGGGGUCGUGCCACGUCUAGGUUGGAACAAUCCAAUGCCUGGGCACCACAAACGUGGCGAUUCGAAUCAUAUCUCAAGUUCACAUGUGGGAUGGACGCCCAGCAGAGUCCCCGUUCAGCAGGAUAAUCUGACCUCGCCUACUCCCCACAUACAGGCCAAUAGACAAGCUCUAGAUUCGCAUGGCUCACCAGCAAACUGGGCCUCACCCAGCGGUCAGUCAUACCUGCUUGGGUCUCAAAUCAUGCCACAAGAUACAGCAAGGCAAGAUACAAUGCCUAGGGAAGACCGGCAAUUCACAAUUACACAGCCUCCCGGAUAUUUGUCAAUCUCUGCCAAUUCACAGGCCUCACAUGGUGGUGCCCCGAUAGCAGGGAUGGUAGAGACUCUGAACGAUCAGUCACUUUCUGAAUCACCAUCUUCAAUCAGGAAUGAUUUUACGGCAUGGUUCUUUGACAGCUCUCAAAAUUUCUAUGACAGUCUCAAUGUCACGGGUACACAGCCUUUUCUGGGAGCAAUGGACUUUGGAGGGCCUCCAGCGACAUCAGCGUUACCGGAUCACUGGACGAGUCCAUUCGAUGAUCCUACUCGACAUUCGACUGACCUGCCAGGUCGGACGAAUUUUGACGCCUUCGGCAACGGAACUGGACAGUCUACAGAUACAACCCUUUCUCCUGGCCGCUGGAGGUAUCUGAUCGAAUUUAUGCGGGUGCGAUUUGUUGGAGGCAACGAACCAGCUGGUCUGUUCUACCGAGAGGAGAUUCUAGGAGGUGACCAUGAUGACAACCAGCAUAUUCUCAGUCUACAUUCGAUGAGAUGCUACGUCACCUCCUACUGGCAGAAUUUCCAUGAUCAGUUCCCGAUCUUGCAUCGACCCACGUUCUCAGCGGACAGAGCUCCGGACCUUUUACUGCUCACUGUCAUGGCUCUGGGUGCUUCAUUGCUCACCAAGGAGCAUAAUCCUGUGGCAACACCAGCCGCCCAUCGUUUUGCUAAUUUUAUAGCAUGGCAUGUCAGAUGGCAAAUAUAUAUGGAUGGACAUUUCCACCCACCAGCAAAGCUCUGGAUUUUUCAGACCUUACUCUUGUUGGAAGUCUAUGAGAAGAUGAAUGCAACCCGCUCUCUCCAUGAAAGAGCCAAUGUGCAUUCGCCUCUCACUGUCAAUCUUAUGCGCAGAAGCACAGCCCUUUACGAGGACCUCAGCAUCAAUCACUCCCAGAAAACCGCGAUGUCGCCCCAAGAAUGGUGGGAUCGAUGGAUAACUGCCGAGGCCACUAGACGGGUCGCUUAUGGCGCCUUCUUUCUAGAUGCGACACAUGCAAUCAUGUUUGGUCAUCCUGCCAUUAUGGUCGUGCAAGAGAUACGUCUUCCCUUGCCUUGUGAUGAAGCCUUGUGGUCCGCCACAUCGCCAGCUGAAGUUGGCAUGGUAGAAUCAUGCCUUCAUGCAAACGCAAUCAAGCCGACAACUUUCCUGCAGGGUCUGAAGCGGACCCUCACUGGCCGUAAAGUCCGUACAAACACGUUUGGCCGGAUUGUUCUGAUGGCAGGCCUCCUCUCCAUUUCCUGGCAUAUGCGUCAGAGAGAGCAACAAAUGGCGACGCUCGAAGUACCGCAAGCAAUGGCUGUCCCUGACAUGUGGCGAACAACUCUAGUGGAGGCAUUCGACUUUUGGAAAAGAGAUUUUGACGAGAACAUGAACCACAUGCAAACAGCACCGAAUGGUUGGCAGACGUGGGGAGCACCAUUCGACCAAAUGAGUGUGAGCGACCAUGCCACAGUUCUUCAUCACCUCGGCCAUCUGGCGAUGCAUAUCGAUAUUGCAGACUGUCAGAUUGCAGCCGGCGCCCGUAUUAUAACAAGCCGAGCGAUCACUGUUGCUGAUCGUGAGCGAGUAAGCGAGAAGAUGACCAAGUGGUGCAGAUCUGAAAAUGCGCCGCAAGCCGUUCACCAUGCCGUACAGCUCCUCCACAAGUUCCUAGUACGGCAUUGUGAUCCUGUGGGCGUUGGCCUCCGAGUAUAUAGUACUCGAGAUGAUCGCCUUCUCUGUCGUCCCUGGGUGCUUUACUUUGCUGCUUUAGUUGUCUGGUGUUACAGUCAUUUCAAAAGAAAACUGAAUACGCUACUCAGUUCCACUACGCCUGCCAUGACCCGCCAUGAGCAAGUGGCCUACUCACCGUCCGCUGAUUAUGCUGGAGUCGAACAUUUUCUGAGAAACGCGGCAUUUAAGCCACCCGCAGAGAUAGCACUUCUCGAGUUUGAGGAGCGAAACGUUUCUGAUAUGUUGCACCUUCUCCAAAUGUCUUUCCAAGAAUCGCGGUGGGAACUGCUUCACGAAGCGGCCAACAGGCUGAGAGACGCUAUUUCCAUUUCUUGCAAUGAAGCAUGGUCCAGGGCAUGA